UUAGAAAAACAGAUUUCAGUGCAGCCUAUAAAGCCUCUUAACUGUUUGUGUCAGUGUAGCAUACAGAAUGACAAAGUUCAUGUUCUGAAGCUUUUUUACCUCCUACCAGUUGUAGAACUGGCAAUAGGUAGUAUGCACAAGACCUCGUCAUGAGCAAGCUUUGAAAAACUUUUGAUAAGGUUUAGCAGUUAUAAGCUUUGAAAAACCUUUUUGCACAAUAAGUGUGCACGUUUUGAGUGAAUGGUGUUAGUAUUUUCUUUGUAUAGUGCUUUGCUCUUUGCCCAGUUGAACUGGCUGCCUGCUUAAAAAGGUGAUGAUUUUUCACUGUCACUGCUGGAUUUUGGCUUUGUGCUAACAUAUUUUUAGGUAACUUGCUAGGAUUUGGGGCCAGUAAUAAAGAAAUUGUCAUUAAGGGUAUGUCUACUGUGGUCUCGCAUGUUUUGUUGUGAAGCAGGUCUGUGCUGAGGUUCCUUUCUCCUGUGACUACACUACUACCAAUACCUAAGCUAGCUAGUAUAAAGCUUGCUUGGGCAUUUCUGCACUAUUUUGCAGUCACUUCUACACACCCUGUUUAAUUUUUGUCUCCCAUCUGACACCUUUUUUCAUUUGCAUUGGUCUGGUUGAGAUAAUUAAGUUCUAAAGUAAUAGGCAGGAGCCAGUUGCUGUGAAGUAUUAAUGAAUGGUUUUGACUAAUUUUUGAAGUUUUGGGCUUCCCUUUUAUUUAGGGAGUAACUAUUCCCAGUCAGAGACGCUAUGUGUAUUACUAUAGCUACUUGUUAAAGAAUCACCUGGAUUACAGACCAGUGGCACUGCUGUUUCACAAGAUGAUGUUUGAAACAAUUCCAAUGUUCAGUGGCGGAACUUGCAAUCCUCAGUUUGUGGUGUACCAGCUAAAGGUAAAGAUAUUCACCUCCCCUUCAGGACCCUCAAGACGUGAAGACAAAUAUAUGUACUUUGAAUUCCCUCAACCAUUGCCGGUGUGUGGUGAUAUCAAGGUGGAGUUCUUCCACAAACAGAACAAGAUGUUGAAAAAGGACAAAAUGUUUCACUUCUGGGUAAAUACAUUCUUCAUAGGACUGGAUGAAAAUUUGGACAAAGUAGAAAAUGGAAGUCUAGUUGGAGAUCAGGAACUUGAUGGUAUUUUCAGUACAGAGCGCUCAGAUAAUGAUAAGGAAUAUCUAAUCCUUACAUUAACAAAAAACGAUCUAGACAAGGCAAAUAAAGACAAAGCCAACAGAUAUUUCUCUCCAAAUUUCAAGGUGAAGCUAUUUUUCACAAAAACAGUAGAAGAGCCAUCAAAUCCAGAGGCUAGCAGUUCAACUUCAGUAACACCGGACGUUAGUGACAAUGAACCUGAUCAUUAUAGAUAUUCUGACACCACUGACUCUGAUCCAGAGAAUGAACCUUUUGAUGAAGAUCAGCAUACACAGAUUACAAAAGUCUGAAUAUUUUUUUUAUCUGGGAAAAAAUACCACGCAGAGACAAACUUGAAUAAACUGAAAAGGACCUUUUUGAAUGGCAAUAGGACAUUGUGUCAGAUUACCAGUUAUAGGAACAAUUCUUUCCUGACCAAUCUUGUUUUGACCUAUAAAUCUACAGGGUUUGACACUUGUCCAGUUGAAAAGGUUACGUAGCUAUGUUAUGUAUAUACCUUUUUGUGUCAAAGACAUUAAAAUUUCAAUUAGGAAAUAUAAAGAUGGCACUUUCCCAUUUUAUUCCAGUUUUAUAAAGGUGGAGACAGAUCUGAUGUGUAUACGUAGGAAUUCUUCCUUUUGUGUUCUGUCACCAAACAAAGUUGCGAAAAAGCGCUUUUAUUACACAGGUUCACAUCCUACCCCUUUCUUUGCACUUACGUGGCAACAGAUAAGUCUGCAGUUGGCUAAGAGAAGUUUCUAAAGGGUUUUACUACAUUCUAAUGCAUGUAUUUUUGGAUAGGGGAAUGGAAAUGCUCAGAAAGGAAUAUAUUAUGCUGGACUCUGGGCACUGUCCCAUAUCCAGCCACUUACAUGCACCUUUCUUUAGCAUGCUACAGUAAUUCAUCCUGGACAAUUGAGGAGUUGGCUGCUGUCACUGCUUGUUGUUUGUGCAUUUUAUUUUUUAAGCAUAAUGGUGCUAGAAAAGGCAGCUAGAGGGAGUAUAUAAAGGGGGUACAGGAAUGAACCUUCCACAACAUCUUAGACUCACAAAUGAAGGGAUAUUAAAAUAAUGGGGUCACAGUUAAGAAACAUAGUAACAAUGACUUAACCAUACAAAUGUGGAGGCUAUCAACCCGAACUGGGUUUGAAAAAAUUGUUAUAAAAAUUGACAAUUAAUUAUUAAAUGUUUUUUCUCAAUUGUAAUGGCUGCUCCAUCUCCUGUGUAAUCAAGGCCAGUGCUAAAAGUCAGAUGUUAUUAGUACAUACACCAGUCAACAUUUUACACAUACUUUAUUAGUUUUUCAAUCAUAUACCUGCUGUGAAUACAUCAUAUGCUGCCUUGCAAGCUUUUUCUCAUUAAAUAUAAAAUAUUUUGUAAUGGUGCACGGGAAAUUUCAAUUUGAGAUUCUACAGGUUAGUGUUUUAUUUUAAAGAUUAUGAUGCAUAUAUUCAAUCAAACAUCUGUCAGCCAUUCCCCCACUUUCACUUUCCACAUUCUAUUACAAUGAGUUUUGCAGUUUUGCACACUUUUUUUAAAUGUCGUUAACUGUUAGGGAAUUUUACUUGAAUAUUUAGUACCUACAAUGUUUAAAAAAAAAAAAAAAGACAUUACACAUGGUAUAAAGGAAGCCAGUGUUGCAAUAAAUUCUCAACACUGGACAGAUAUAAAGAUGUGUACUUUUUAAAAAAAAUAAAACUUGUCCCAAAUAUUCUAUCUCAUGUUGUUUGCUAUUAAAAGAAUUAGAUUUCUAAACUGGCAAUGUUGUAUCAUUUGUUUGAAGAGAGCGAGAGAGAGAGAGAAAGAGAGAGCGAGCGAGAGAGCGCCAGUAUUAGGGACUGAGCUUCAUGUUUGAAUAUUGUAAUUGAUGUGCCCAGACUGCAGGUGACUUACAGAGUACAACUACUGUUGUAUACAAAUGUGAAGUAACUGUUAAAAUUCUGGUUAGUAUAAAAUUCUCCAUGACCUUGAAGCAUUCUGAAUAGCGAAUCCAAAAGUUACAUUUCUUCUUCCCACUUUAAUUACCCUAUUGGUGCAAACUUUGUUCUCACCUAGUUAGCAGCUAACUGAAUUCCGUAGGGCCCCAUACAACAGCAUUAAUAAUGAAUUGCAAUGAGAAGAGGCAGGACUUCAUAUAAAUAAUAUUGGUAAACAACGGUGUAACAUGCUUUUUUUUGUAUCUGUUGGUUAAUAUUGCUCAUCACAUUCAUAAUCUAAACAUCUAACCAAGUUAAUGAAGUAUUUUCUGACUUGUAGGUUUAAUUAGAUAAGAUUUUAACAUCAUGAAUGCUGGUCCAGUACUCAUAAUUUCCAUGAUGCAAUUGACCAGCAGGAGAUGGUUAACUUGAGACCUGACAUUUAACUUUUUUUUCCUUUGAUUCAUAUUUCACCUUGUCUGUUUUUUUUUUGUUUUUUUUAACAGUUGAAAGUUGUGUUGGCUAAUAAACAAAAAUGUUCAUGCUUUAAAAUACUUGGAUAUUGACACUGUCCUAUGUCCCAUUUUUGGGUUCAUAAUAUCAAAUUUUAAUUUGUAUUAUUCCAGUAUGUAACGCUAAGGGCCAGAUUGGAAAUAAGACACAAUGGGCUUUUGCACUGUUGUUAUUCCUUUGGAAUGUGAAGGUCUGAAUGAGGGUUUUGAUUUUGAAUGUUUCAGUGUUUUUUGAGAUGCCUUGCUUACAUUUUAUGGUGUAGUCAUUGGAAAUGGAAAAAUGGCAUUAUACUUUAUUUCAUUUACCAUCCCUAUAGAACUUGACAAGAAUUACUAUGACUGAAAGGUUUUUUAGUCCUUAUUCAAAACUUUAUUUAUGACAGUAUUCAUUCUUAGCUUGAGAUGCAUUCUAUAGGUAAUCUCUCUUUGAGUUUCUGGACUGUAUGCUUAAAUUCUUGGACGUGCAGCAGCUUACAUGUCUAAAUUACUUGAAAGCAUCACUUUUCUAAGAGCUUACUCUUAGGCCCUGUACCAUCCCUAAAUCAUCUGUAGCCCCACUUGAAAUAUUUUUGCCACAGUUACUAAAGGGCAGUUCUAUAAAUACCAUCACAAUACUUUGGUGUGGCACAAGUUGUAAACUGAGGUGGAGUUUACAUUCAGCAUCAAAUGUUUCAGCUUUAAAAAAACUAGGGUGCCAGUGUGCAAGUUCCAUGUUUAGUUAUAGCAAAUUUGUGCAAUAUGUUAACGAUGCCUGUGGUUGCCACAAAGUGCCUCGUUUACCUUUAAAUACUGUUAAAAAGUGUUAUGCAUGCAGAUGGAAGGGGUGGAACUGUGCACUAAAAGGGGCUUUAACUGCAGUGUUUGGCAGAGCUGCCUCUUACUCUGCCAGUUCAAAUUUUCAGUCUGUUUUCAUAUGGAGUGCAUAUAUACAUAUAUACACUCUCUCUAUAUAUACACUCUAUAUACUAAAAAAAUCAGUCUGUUAAGCAGCCUUACUCUGAUUCAGCCUCUUCAAAUACUAUUGUGCUGUGCAACAGUGGCUCUGUGUGUAAUGCUAUGCACUGAGGAUACACAAAAAUCAAAUAUGACAUGUACAGGUUAAUGCCUCAUACAAAUCAGAUGUCCGUUUGUUAUUGUGUUUAACAACCCUUUAUCUCUUAGUGUUAAAACUCCACUUAAAACUGAUUAAAGUCUCAUUCUUGUCA